CUCGGGCGCAGAGCGGGGGCCGCGGGAAGCGGGAAGGGAGCGGCGGGGCCGCGGCCGGCCCAAGGGCGCCCUCGCCUCGGAGUCAGGCGCAGGGGCUGGGGCGGACGAGGCGGAGGCUGGCGGCGCGGCGAGUGCCGAGAAGUUUGGCUGCGCAGGGGCCGGGCGUCCCGGGGCUGCGAGCGGGCGGCUGCGGCGGUGGCGGCACGGGGGGCCGGGGCCAUGGGGGGCAGGCACCAGCGGCCCGGCGGGCGCGGAGGUGGCGCGCGGUGCCCCGAGCCCCGCUAGCUGCUCAAAGUUAGCCCCGGCGCCCCGGGACGGGCGCUGCGGCUGCCGGAGCCUCCCCGGCCAUGGGCGAGCACCCCAGCCCAGGCCCCGCAGUGGCCGCCUGCGCCGAGGCAGAGCGCAUCGAGGAGCUGGAACCAGGGUCGCAGGAGCGGCCGCGCGCGGCGCCGGAAGACCACUGGAAAGUCCUGUUUGAUCAGUUUGACCCUGGCAACACGGGCUUCAUUAGCACAGGCAAGUUCCGGAGCCUGCUGGAGAACCACAGCUCUUCCCUGGACCCCCACAAGAGAGAGGUGCUGCUGGCCCUGGCUGACAGCCAUGCCGAUGGACAGAUCUGCUACCAGGACUUUGCCAGCCUGAUGAGCAACAAACGUUCCAACAGCUUCCGCCAGGCCAUCCUGCAGGGCAACCGCCGGCUCAGCAGCAAGGCCCUGCUGGAGGAGAAGGGGCUGAGCCUCUCACAGCGGCUCAUCCGCCACGUGGCCUACGAGACCCUACCCCGGGAGAUUGACCGCAAGUGGUACUACGACAGCUACACCUGCUGCCCCCCGCCCUGGUUUAUGAUCACAGUCACACUGCUGGAGGUGGCCUUUUUCCUCUACAAUGGGGUGUCCCUGGGCCAGUUUGUGCUGCAGGUGACUCAUCCCCACUACCUGAAGAACUCACUGGUUUACCACCCCCGGCUCCGAGCGCAGGCGUGGCGCUACCUGACCUACGUCUUCAUGCAUGCGGGGAUAGAACACCUGGGCCUCAACGUGGCACUGCAGCUGCUGGUGGGUGUGCCCCUGGAGAUGGUGCAUGGAGCCGCCCGCAUCGGGCUUGUCUACGUGGCUGGCGUGGUUGCAGGGUCCCUGGCGGUGUCCGUGGCUGACAUGACUGCACCAGUCGUGGGCUCUUCUGGAGGGGUGUAUGCGCUUGUGUCUGCCCAUCUGGCCAACAUCGUCAUGAACUGGUCGGGCAUGAAGUGCCAGUUCAAGCUGCUGCGGAUGGCUGUGGCCCUGAUCUGUAUGAGCAUGGAGUUUGGGCGGGCUGUGUGGCUCCGCUUCCACCCGUCGGCCUAUCCCCCGUGCCCUCACCCGAGCUUCGUGGCCCACCUGGGCGGCGUGGCCGUGGGCAUCACGCUGGGUGUGGUGGUCCUGAGGAACUAUGAGCAGAGACUGCAGGACCAGUCGCUGUGGUGGAUCUUUGUGGCCAUGUACGCCGUCUUCGUGCUGUUCGCCGUCUUCUGGAACAUCUUUGCCUAUACCCUGCUGGACCUGAAGCUACCACCGCCCCCGUAAGGGGCCCGAGGACCCAGGCAGGGGAGGGGAGGGAGUUCUGCAAGGCCAGGGAAGCACCGGAGAUGGAGAUCGGCAGGAUGGCCGCUGCUGGGUUUUUUGUUCAGAUUGGGUCUGGGUGAAGGCCUGGGGCGGGGCACAAGGGACCUCCUCUCUGCCCCCGUCCCUGACCUGGGUUGGGGUUGUUGCAGGUAGGUGCCCUCCUCAUGUUCUUCCCCAUUGCCAGCUGGACCGCAGCCUGUCUGACACCUUUGCCCUGGCAAGGUGUAA